AUGGCGGACGAGACGAAGACUGGCAAGACGGACCGCUCGAAAACCCCUGUGUUGGAGCUGCCUCCAGGAGACCGCACGUCGGGAAGGACGACGUCUCCUGCCCGGCUUCCGACGGAGCUCGCGCUCAAGGUGCAGACGCAGAUGGGCCGGAUUGCUGCACUCAGGGAGUUCACCGAAUCCCUGCCGGAUGUCCCAGCGGAGACAUCGAACGAGGAGGUCUCGCAGAUCCAGCAGCUGAUCGAGGAGACUCACAAGGCGUUCGUAAAGGAGCACGCCUAUUUCGAGGUGUCAUGGCCUACGACGCUUACUCACCAUGAGUACUUCGCCGAGAACGCUCACCAGGCUGAGUUGCGAUGCUACAUGCAGGCGCGACGAGUCAUCGGCGUGCUUCGUCACGCAUUGGCAGAUCAGCCCGUUCAACCGCAGACCAGCUCAUCGACCAGCGAGAACAGACAGCCGCUCUCACGCUUGCCGGACAUCUCACUCCCCAAGUUCACCGGGGAGUAUGCCGCAUGGCCUGCGUUCAGAGAUCUCUUCACCAGUCUGAUCAUGGAGAACGAGCAGCUCACGAACGUCGAGAGACUUCACUACCUCCGUUCGUCGGUGGAAGGCGCGCCAGCCCAGCUGAUCGCAGGAUUCAUCAUGGCAGGAGACUCGCUCACGCCGUCCUGGGAGUUACUCAAGGACAGGUACGAGAACAAACGUCUACUCAUUCACGCCUGCCUUGAUAAACUGUUCGCCAGCUCAACCCCAGUGCCAAGGAAGGCGGCGUCCUUGGAUCGACUGGUCUCGGGAGUCAGAGAAGCACUCAAGGGACUGGAGGCCCUCGAGGUAACGGACAAGCUCGGAGAUUCCGCGGUGGUGUAUCACGUCACGCGACUCCUGGAUCGCGUGACACGAGAACAGUGGGAGAACGCUGUUGGUGCCACGCGCGACUACCCCACGUUCGAGACACUCGAGGAGUUUUUGACGACCAAGAGACGGGCGCUCGAGCGGAUCGAAGCUACGACUCAUCCAAGUCCCAGCUCAGCACCCUCACCACCAAAGAGGGCUCAUCAGGCAACCCAGCAGAGCGACUCAUCGUACCCGUGCGACUGUUGCAAUGCGCAGCACUUUAUUGUGAUGUGCAGUAAGUUCAGGGAACUGGCACCGGCAGCCCGGCACAAGGUGGCAGUUGACAAGCGCUUGUGCUUCAACUGCCUGGGGAGGCACAGUGUGCGUGCAUGCAAGUCGCAGCGAGGUUGCAAGACCUGCUCAGGGCGGCACCACACAAUGCUGCACGGCACACACCCAAUAGCAGCGCCAGCCCAGAAGACCGCCUUGGCAUUGGUCAACUCCUCUACAACGCCCCACUCAGCGCGUCUGCUCAUUGACACAGGAUCCGAGCUCACCUUCGUCUCGGAGAAUCUCAUUCGGCAGCUCAACAUCCCUCGUCAAUACUCAGGUAUUGUCAUCACUGGAAUUGCAGGCAAGGAGUGUACUCGGACACGAGGAGUCGUGUCACUCACGUUACGCUCGACACAUUCCAACGCAGCUGCCACAAUUCAAGCUCAUGUCCCCCGGACAGUUACAUCAAUCUUACCAUCGUUCGAGGCGGAACCGGAAGAAUGGCCGCAUCUCAGGAACUCAUUAGCCGAUCCUGAUUUUCUCAUCCCACGGCCAGUUGACAUCCUCAUCGGCGCAGACGCUUACGGGCAAAUCAUCAAGCCCAAUAUCAUUCGGCAUUCUCCACUCAUGCCGAUAGCGCAACUCUCCAUUUUCGGAUGGCUCGUUCUUGGACCAGUCAAUAGGGAAGCACCACGCACAGCAACGCACCAUGCUUCUACUCAAGUCAACGAGGAUGCUCUCAACGAGUUACUGACAAAAUUCUGGGUUCAAGAGGAGGUGCCUACUCACGAUGUCAAUCAACUCACUCCUGACGAGCAGAGGUGCGAAGAGCACUUCAAGGCCACACACUCUCGUGAUUCUUCAGGGAGGUACGUCGUCAGGAUUCCGCUCAAAUCACCAGUAUAUCUUCUGGGUGACUCGUACCACGUCGCCCAUCAGUGCCUCAAGGGAUUACGCAGACGAUUCUCAAGGGAUGUGAACUAUCAACGUCUCUAUCAACAAUUCAUGAUGGAGUACGAGACACUCAACCACAUGACGAAGGCAUCAUCCAUCUCCAGUCGUCGCUCACACUUCUACCUACCACAUCACGGUGUUCUCAAGCCUGACAGUACAACAACGAAGCUGCGAGUCGUAUUUAAUGGCUCCAGCGCAUCAACAUCGGGCUACUCUGCUAACGACCUCAUGUAUACUGGAGCAAAAUUGCAUCUGAAUAUCUCAGAUGUUCUCCUCUGGAUACGAAGACACCGUCACAUUUUCGCUACAGACAUCACCAAGAUGUACAGGCAGAUCAAAAUUCACAAGGAUGACUGGGAGUUGCAACGGAUACUCUGGAUGGACGAUCAACUCAAUGAAGUGCCAUAUCAUCUGACAACCGUCACCUACGGGACAAAG